AUGGCACCAAAGCCAAGAGGUCAUAAACAGCGACAAUUUCCCUUUACACGUCAGUGUAUUUUAUGCAGCGAGUCAAGCGGAACUGGGAAGGAUUACAGAACAAUCAAUGAUGAUGCGCGUGCAGAAAAAUUCCGGGAAGAAAUGGAGUCUUUGCUUCCAAACUUGAAAAAUCGUUUGUCAUUAAUUGGGGCUAAUUACCAUCAUAAUUGUUAUCGUAAAUUUACUUAUAGAAGAAUUAAAGCAAGUGGUUUAAUGCAGCUUUUGAUUGACCAAUCUGGUCGCCCAACGGAUGAUGACGGUGACAAUAGUGACAAUGAUCAUUAUGCUGACGCGCUCAAUAUUACAGAUUUUGAAUACCAAUCAGAGGAACCUGUAUACACAACAGAUCCUGUUCAAUAUGCUUUCGCCUCAACGUCAACAAUAAUAACUUCAAGUUCACAAGGUCGCGCACGCGUGAAUAAAAUGCCACAAACUUCUUCAUUACCUAGCGAAAUAGAAUUUAUGUCAUCUGGACACACUGACGUUGAUAUAACUGUUUUCAGUCUCUGUGAAAAUUUAAUCGAGUUAUGCUCGAAUUUAAGGAUUGCAGACGUUAAACAAGACUUUUUUGAGUCAAUUCAAACAUGUGUGCGUCAUCGCUGGAUAUUUUAUACGAUAUUGUGCAUCGUGACAAAGUUAAUGAUCGUGAUCGUCCAACACUUUCAGCAAAUAUGGACACAAAGUGUAGAAGACUCACUUGUACAAUCCUCAGUUGAGAUCCCAGUGAAGGCUGUUCCAAAUGAUCCAUAUUUAUUUGACGAUGAAACUGACGAGUUUUACAAUGAACCUCAAUUAUUCGAAUCUAAUCCUAAUACAAUCAGCGAAGCCGUUGUUGGUGCAAGUACACAUGAUGCCUUUGCUCGGUUAUUGAAAUGGUUGAUGAUUACAUUAGCUGAUGGAAAUAUAGUUCGAGUAACGCAUGCUUACGAUAAAUUACAACAUUUUGGAGAUAUGUUAACAAAUCAUCGAACAUUCUUAAGUCGCUUAAAAACGUAA